CGAACGUCGCGAUAGCCCAGCGCGUCUCUUCUGCUGUGACAGCGCCGGGCGGGCGGCUCCGGGCACGGCACGAAUGAGGCGCAUGCGCGGUGCGGGCCGGCGGUGGAGCCCGGCGCGGAUGGGCGGCCGCGGCGCCCCCAGCAGUGGCGGCGGUGGCAGCAGCAGCGAACGGCAGUGGUGCGGAGCGUGGCGCGCGCAGGCGGGAGGUGCCCCGCAGCAGCUGGCGGAACGCUACGCGGACCUGGCGGCUAGCCACGGCGAGGCGCUGCGGGCGCGGGACGAGCGCGAGCGGCAGAACGUGCGGCUGCGCGAGGAGAACGCCCGCCUGCGGCUAGAGAACCGGCGCCUGCGCAGAGAGAACCGCGGCCUCUUCCGCCAGGCGCUGCUGCUAGCGCCCGGCCCCGACUGCGUGAGCGCGGAGGCCCCGCCCCCGCCCGCGGGCCCCGCCCCCGGCCCGGAGGAAGCCGCUGAGCUGCGCGCACAGCUGCGGCGCUUGCAGGAGCGGCACCGCCGCGUCCUCGAGCAGUUGCGGCGGCGUCGCCGCGCCCCGGCCGACCGGCAGGAACCACCGCUGGAGGACGGGGAGCUGGACGCGCUGCUGGAGGAGGAGGAGGAGCCGGAGCCGGAGGAGCCUGAGCAACCGUCGCCGGAGGCGAGGAGCCUGGUGCCCGCCGUGUAGCGCCUGGCCGCACUGGUCCGGCCCACGGGGCCGCCUCAGCCUCUCGCGCGAGGGGUGGGGCAACGGCCGCCACCGCCCCUCCCCCAAGCGGGCGCCGCCCGGGACUGCUGAGGGACUCCCCCGUCGGGCGGCAGUUGCCUGCUGACUAAUAAACGUGUGACGCACCCGA